CUUAAACUGCCGUAUUGACUUGGUCAGGAGUGUUGGAUUUUGGAACGCUCUUUUAUUUAGAAAGCAAAAUGGAAACCAUCAGAAAGAAACUCGACGUUCUUCGACACACUCUGAAUGAGACAGAAGAUCGGGCAAUUAAUGCCGAGAAAGAAUUAGAAAAGUCAACCCAAAGAAACGCUGAAGUCGAAAAGGAAGUCCAGAAGUUGACAACUGAGCUUCAAAAAGUGGAAGAUGACCUGGAUGCGUCCGAAUCGCGCUUGGCUGAUGUUACUUUGCAACUAGAACAGGCCGAACAACAAAUGGACGAAAACGGAAGAGUGAGAAAGGUGCUGGAAGACAGGGCAAUGGGAGACAUAGAGCGACAAACUCAGUUUGAAACAAAGUUGCAACAAGAAAAAGAAAAGCAUGCAUCUGCAGAAGCUGAAAUUGAAGAAUUGGAAGCUCAGCUUGCCGCCGCAGAAGAGGAGCUCGAAGAGCUGGAAGCCCGUGCUGAGGAAGAAGACGAACGCGUUAGAGAGCUGGAAGAAGAAAAUAAUCUGGUCGGCAACAGCCUACGUUCACUGGAAAUCCAGACUGAUAAGUCUCGCUGUCAUUUGAAUGAAGUUGAAGAAAAAAUCAAGAGCAUCGAAGAAGAGUUUAAUGAGACGGUGAAGUUGGCUGAUGAAGCGGAAGCAAAAGUGUCGGAUUUGGAAAGGGAAGCUGACGCAGUGGAUGCUGCUCUGUUGAAAAUCAAGGAAGAGCACGACGCAGCAGCGGAGGAGCUGCAAUCCACUCUACAGGAAUUUGAAGAAAUGUGAAAUACAAGUGAACAGAAACUUGAUAUGACCAACGAGAAAAAUUUAGUUUGCGUUAAAACCCGGGUAUACCCAUCUAUGUCCCCUUUUGGCUUUUGGCUUAAAUCUCGCAGUUACGUUUGCUUUAUAAGGCUAGCUUUUUCCAGAAUGAUAAUUUACUUGCUUAGUCUUUUAAGGGUUAUUAAAAAGCAUUUUGCUUGA